UUAUUGUACCUACGUUGCGCAAUAUGAAGCGUUUAGAAACUUGGUGGGUUAUAUCUCUAAUCCUGUCGGUUUUCGGUUUCUUGAAAGAACUCAGACCGUCCGAGCCGUACAUUUUUGAAUUUUUGACCGGGGAAUGGCGCAACAUAACAGCAGACGUGGUGACCCAACAAGUAUACCCGGUGGGCACCUACAGCUACUUAGCUCAGCUUAUAGUAGUAUUUUUAAUAACUGAUCUAUGUCGAUAUAAACCUCUAAUAAUCGUCCUGGCUCUGUCUGGAAUUGUAAUAUGGAGCAUGUUGUUGUGGACUUCCGGUUUAGUAGAGUUGAAAAUACUAGAAGUAUUUUAUGGUACUUUUAUGGCAACGGAAGUCGUUUAUUAUAGUUAUAUUUAUGCAAAAGUUAAAAAUGAAUAUUACGAAAAAGUUACGUCUUAUGCCAGGGCUGCUGUUCUUGCAGGACGAUUCGUUUCUUCGGUCCUGGCUCAACUUUUGAUCUCCUUCAAAAUUAUGGACUACAGGCAGUUAAACUAUAUAACAUUUGCAGGUACGUGUGUGAACGUUGAUCACUUAAGUAUUCCACUGUAACACUCCAAAACCACAAUCAGUCACAUCCAUUUAAAGAUGC